AUGGCUCCUAACGUCGCUGCUGCAAGCAGUUUUCCUUCAGGCGCCGUUUCCUCCUCCAGUGCCGCUUCUUCCAUGCCCUCUGCCAAGGCCGCGGCUACGCCGUCUGUAGAGAUGCGUGCGCCGCACGCAAGCCGGCUCAAGCUGGCCCCCGGCCCUGCUGACGUGGCGGGCAACCCGCGCAAGUGGUCCCCACCGCCGCCGCAGGACGGCAUCCCAUUGGACGAGCGCCCCGAGUGGCUGCGCGACGAGGCCUUGUCGUUUCUGGAGCUGUUCGAGCGCAACGUGAGGAAGUUUCCGAGCAAGGCGGCGGUGACGUGGGUGGAGGAGAAGGGCGAGAUCAAGCAGUCGUACACCUAUGAGGAGCUGGAUGCGCUGUCCCGAGCCGUGAGUGCGUCGCUGGUGGGCGAGUGGGGGGCAGCGCGGGGCGACCGCGUGGUGCUGCUGUACCCGCCGGGCCUUGACUUCCUCAUCGCCUUCAUUGCCUGCCUGCGCUCCGGGGUAGUAGCAGUGCCAGUGUACCCGCCCAACCCCCGCGAGCUGAAGAAGGACGUGGAGAAGCUCACUCGCCUCGUCAACGACUGUGGGGCGCGCAUCGUGCUCUCCACGUCCGAGUACCGCUCCAAGAUCCGCCUGUCACUGCUGAAGCUCGUGCGCUGGCCGGGCGAGCACUGGUACAACACCAACGGCAUCAAGCCGCUCCCUCGCAGCGCGGCCGAGAAUGACAGCAGCAGCAACAGCAGCAGCGGCGGCAGCGGCAACGCGAAUGGCACUGGCGGGAGCAGCAGCAGCAGCAUUGAUGAGAUAGCGUUUCUGCAGUACACGUCCGGGUCCACAGCGGAUCCCAAGGGCGUCAUGAUCACCCACACCAACAUCGCCCACAACGUCAUGUUCAUCCGCCGGACCCUACGCAUGCAUUCUGGAAUUCGCUUCUUCAGCUGGCUUCCUCAGUACCACGACCUGGGGCUGAUAGUGGCGUAUCUGAGCACGCUCACAGCGGGCGGCAGUGGAGUGUACAUGUCGCCCAUCGACUUCAUCCACCGCCCCGCCUCCUGGCUGCAGUGGAUGAGCCGCCUCAAGAUCACGCACACAGCAGCACCUAAUUUCGCUCUCAACCUCGCCACUCGCAAGUUCGUCCCCUCCAGAGAUGCCGCCCUGCCCGCCCCCUUCCUCUCCGCCUCCCUCCCACCCUCCUCCUUCCCCACCCCUCCCAAUCCCCCCUCCUCCACCCCCUCCGCUCUCAACCCAUCUGCUGCGCUUCCCACCGCUCUGGACCUCUCGUCGCUGGAGUGUUUCCUGAACGCGGCGGAGCCGGUGCGGCCGGAGGCGAUAGAGCGGUGGAAUGCGGUGCUGGGGCGGUACGGAUGGGAUGCGUGCGGCAUGUGCCCGUGCUACGGGCUGGCAGAGCAUGUGGUUGGCGUGUCAGGGUGGGGCAGCAAGCUGCUGCACCUCUCCGGCAUCACGCUGCACAGCAGCGGCCACCUCGCCACGUACCCAGUGGACGGGCGCAUCGUCAUCGUCAACCCCGAGACGCAUGAGGAGUGCGCGGAGGGCGAGGAGGGCGAGAUCUGGGCGCGCAGCUGCCACGUGGCGCGUGGCUACUGGGGCAAGCCAGAACUUUCAGAGGAGACCUUCCAGGCCCGCAUGAGGGAAGGCGCGCCAGGCUCGGACGAUGGUGCCUAUCUGCGCACGGGGGAUCUGGGGCUCGUGGUGGAGCAGCAGCUGUUCAUCACAGGGCGCAUCAAGGACCUCAUCAUCGUGGGCGGGAAGAACUACUACCCGCAGGACAUUGAGCUGACAGUGGAGGCCGUUUCAGACAGCAUUCGCCCCGGCUGCUGCGCCGCCUUCAGCGUGAACAAGACGAGCCACAGUGCUGCAGCGGGCGGCAAGGGAAAGACGGCAGACAAGGGAGAGACCGGGGAGAAGGGAGAGGAAGAGGAGGUGCUUGCAGUGGUGGUGGAGGUGAAAGCGGUGGCACAGGAAGGGUGGUGGCGGGGAGGUGGAGGAGGGGGGGCAGGGGAUGGCGGGCUGACGAGGCAGCAGAUGAAUGAGCUGGCGGGGGAUAUUCGAAGCGCGGUGGUGCGUGCGCAUGGGGUCAUGCCUGCCAUUGUAGCGAUCAUUGCGCCCCGCACGAUCCCCAAGACCACGAGUGGCAAGAUUCGGCGCAAGGAGACGAGCCACCGACUCACUACAGGCACACUCAACGUGCUCAACAGUAACUUGCACAUGGAGGGCGGCGCUGGAGACACCAUUGAGAGUCUGCACUCAAUUCCUGAGCCUUCUGGGGCGAAGCGAGGAGAGGACGUGGUGAUUGUGGAGGAGGAAAGUUCCGCUGAGAUGCCUCGAAAAGAGGAGCUGAUUGGCCAAGAGGCGAGGGAGAGUGAGGAAAAGGAGGAGGCAACCAGCGGGAAGUUGGUGGAGGAGGAGGGACAGGUGGAAGGAAAAGGGGCGAGUGAGGAAGAGAGUGUGGGGGUGGAGGAAGGGGAAGCUGUAGAUGAGGCUAGUGAUAUUGCAGCAGCUGGUGCAGGUGCAGGAGUGACUGUCGAAGCAGGGGUGCAGUCAGAGGGGGCAGAUGAUGCAGAGGAGGAAGCAGUUGUAGCAACACCAACGGCAGUGGCGUCAGAGGAAGCAGCAGCUGCUGCAGCAGAGGGUGACGUGGCAGGGGCAGCUACAGAGGAGGAUGGGCAGAGCAAAACUCCUGGAGGAGAUGGGGCUGUGGAGGCAGAGGAGGGAGCAGAGGAGGGAGCAGAGGAGGGAGCAGAGGAGGACAUGGGUGCAGCCAAGUGGGAUGGCAUGGGCGUGGAGUCAGCUGUCAAGGCCAUCAUGGGCAUCCACGACCUGGAGAUAGCGGGGGAGCCAUUGCUGAUCGACAUAGGUCUCACGUCCAUGAAUGGCAUGGAGGUGCUCGAGCUGCUGGAGAGGCGCUGCGACCGCAGACUAGUUGUUGAUGACAUGGAGCGAGUUACCAUUGGACAUUUGCGUCGGCUGGAUCAGGGCAUCCCUCUCCCUGACACAUUCGAGAGUGAUGACGAGGAUGAGGAUGAAUGA